CAGGCCUCGAGUGAAUCCAUUUGUCUUCAUAGUUGUUGAUGUUUCUAUUUGUGUGUUUAUCGGUGUAAUGGCUGAUGCUGGUGUAGAGGCCAAGGAAUUAUCAAUAGAAGAAACAGCCAAGAAAUCAUCAACAAAAGAAGUAGCCACGGAAUUACCAACAAAAGAAGCAGAAAGCAAAAGUGAAUUUUCAAGCUCAGCAGCUCAAGUUGCCGAUCAUUAUAAUGCAGUACCACAAAAGGGUGUUGCUGAGAGGACAAGCAGCCGGAUAUUUUACCUUCGAAAUUUUAACAAUUGGAUCAAAAGCAUGUUAAUUGCGGAAUUCUUGGAAAGAUUGCAAAUGGAAGGUUCCCCAAAAACAACCGUACUUGAUUUAUGCUGUGGUAAAGGUGGUGAUUUUUUGAAAUGGCGUAUUGGAAAUGUUGCUCAUGUUGUUGCAGCAGAUGUAGCAAGUGUUUCGAUGGAACAAUGUGAAAAGCGAUACAAAGGUAUGAAAGCACGAGAGAAUCCAAGACGACCAUUAUUUAGUGCCGAAUUUAUUGUAGCAGAUGCUACAAAAGAUCGUUUGGUAGACCAUUACUAUAAUCGCUUUAUAAAAUUCGAUAUGUGCAGCUGCCAGUUUUCGUUUCAUUAUUGUUUUGAAAGUGAAAAACAAGCACGAAGAAUGAUACAAAAUGCUGUGGAGAGGUUAAAACCAGGCGGUUAUUUUAUUGGCACCUUACCGGAUGCCGAAAGAAUUAUGUAUUGUAUCAAAAAUUCCAAAGAUGGAACGUAUACCAAUGGUAUUUCACGUUUGAUGUAUGGAGAUGUUGAAGCGCUCAGAGAUAGCACUUACCGUCCACCUGUUUUUGGUGCAUUAAUUCAUUUUUCACUUGAUACGCAGGUCAACUGUCCAGAAUACCUCGUUCAUUUUCCUGUCCUCGAAAGAUUGCUUGCUGAUUGUGGCUUGAAGUUGGUUUACAAGAAACGUUUUCCGGAUGCAUUUGAAUACUAUAUGAAUGAAAGGAAUGGACAAGGAUUAUUAAGACGAAUGCAAGGAUUGGAACUUUUUCCACCCGAUGAUGUUAAGUUAAUGGGACCAGUAGAAAGUUACAAAUUCGCUGAGAAGAAGCUAAAAGAAAUCAUGGGAGAACAUUCAGAAGCAGAAAGUGUUAGAAUGGGAACAUUAUCGCAAGAUGAGUGGGAAAUUGCAUCGAUGUACCUCGUUUUUGCUUUUCAACGAGAAAAAAGUCAAGAAGAAAAGAAAACUUGAAAGGAAAACUUUAUCAGGGAGAAAACUAUGGUUCUGAUAUGAUAGAUGGCUCCAACUUUGCUUUAUAUUCGAUUUUUUAACGCUGCUUAUUCUGUCUUGCUGAGAAGCCUACUCAUCCCGGUGGGUUCGAAGAGAAUAAACUUUUCAAUCGCCUGAAACAAUAUAGCUUAUUGAAAUGUGAUACUGGC